UGACACACACACACAAAAAAAAUCUUGAGUCCUGACAGUCGCCAUGAUGCUUGUUUGCUCCCUGUGAUAUAGCAGCGGAAACGAGUGAAGAGUAGAAACAAAAGAAAGCACGCACUCGUCCUCACGAUUUGGUAUGCGUUUGCAGUGUUACAGCAGGAAUGCCCAAGGAAAAAUAUGACCCGCCAGACCCCAGGCGGAUGUACACCAUCAUGUCAACAGAGGAGGCAGCCAAUGGAAAGAAGUCUAACUGGGCUGAGCUGGAAAUCACUGGUAAUGUCAGGAGCCUGAGCCCGUCUCUGUGGUCUCUGACCCACCUCACGGCCCUACACAUUGCUGACAACUGCCUGUCACGCAUCCCGCCCGACAUUGCCAAACUACACAACCUGUUGUACCUGGAUCUGUCGUCCAAUAAGAUCAGGAGCCUGCCGGCAGAGCUCGGCAACAUGGUGUCUCUCAGGGAACUGCUUUUAAAUAACAACCAGUUGCGGGUUCUGCCUUUCGAAUUGGGGAAACUGUUUCAGUUACAAACACUGGGGUUGAAAGGAAACCCACUUGCACAAGAAAUCAUGAACCUUUAUCAGGAGCAUGAUGGCACCAGGAAACUGCUCAACUACUUGCUGGACAAUCUGGCAGGUUCAAUCAAACGCACUCCCACAGAGCAGCCUCCGUCUCGGUCGUGGAUUGCACUCCAAGAGCCGGACCAGACAAGGCCUUCUGCGUUGUUCUCUGUGAUGUGCUACAACGUGCUCUGUGAUAAGUACGCCACCCGCCAGCUCUACGGAUACUGCCCCUCCUGGGCCCUCCACUGGGAGUACAGGAAGAAGUCCAUCAUGCAGGAAAUCAUGAGCUGUAACGCUGAUAUAAUUAGCCUGCAGGAAGUUGAGACAGAGCAGUACUACCAGUACUUCCUGCCAGAGCUAAAGGAGCAGGGCUACGAGGGCUUCUUCAGCCCGAAAUCUCGAGCCAGAACCAUGCACGAGUCAGACCGAAAGCAUGUAGACGGGUGUGCUGUGUUCUACAGGACAGAAAAAUUCGGUGUGGUGCAAAAACACACAGUGGAGUUCAACCAGCUGGCCAUGGCGAAUUCUGAGGGCUCGGAGGCCAUGCUCAACAGAGUCAUGACCAAGGACAACAUUGGAGUGGCCGUGCUGUUAGAGGUCCGCAAGGAGAUGAUGGAGGAGUCAUCUGGCAAGUCCCUACAUGGUAUGGAGAAACAGCUCCUCCUGGUGGCCAACGCUCACAUGCACUGGGACCCGGAGUAUUCUGAUGUCAAGCUGGUUCAGACCAUGAUGUUCCUGUCUGAAGUGAAGAACAUCGUGGACAAAGCCACACGCAGCCUCAAACUCUCCUCUGUCUCGGGCGAGACCAACAGCAUCCCUCUAGUCCUCUGUGCUGACCUCAACUCUUUGCCAGACUCUGGCGUGGUAGAGUACCUGAGUCAGGGGGGAGUAGACUGCACCCACAAGGACUUCAAGGAGCUGCGCUACCUCGACAGCCUCACCAACUUCAACUGCAAUGGCAAGAACGGCAACUCCACGUCCAACUCCAGGAUCACCCACGGCUUUAACCUGAAGAGCGCCUAUGAGGACGGCUUGAUGCCUUACACCAACUACACCUUCGACUUCAAGGGUGUGAUUGACUACAUCUUCUACUCCAAGCCUCAGCUCAAUGUGCUGGGUGUCCUGGGUCCCCUGGACUCCAAUUGGCUCCAUGAGAACAAUAUCAGCGGCUGCCCGCACCCUCACAUCCCCUCCGACCACUUCUCCUUAUUUGCCCAGCUGGAGCUGCUGCUGCCCAGCACCCUGCCCCAGGGCCAGGGCAACAACCAGGUCAACGGCAUCCACCUGCCUGGAGGGCGCAGGUAGUGGUGAGACACCCACACCUCUGGGGGGCGCUGUGUUCUGUUCUGCAGCCCGCAACCUCUCCCUCCAGCUCCUCUCUUCUUCAGGAAGACGAGACGGACAACACGAACAACCUGUAAAAUAAGAACCAGCCGUACAGUGAGGUCUGGCCCACAGGGAUUUCUAAUGUUGUUGCUAUGGAUAUAUUAUAUAUAUAUUUUUUCUUUUCCUCGUUGUCCUUUUUCAUUUUUCAUUUUCAUUUUGAAAAUGCUAAAGUCAAUCUGUCUGUUUUGUUAUGCAUAUUAUAAUGUAUUUUGGAUGCCCCCUCCCCGUCAUUCUAACCCAAAAUGCUUUUGUAUCUCUUGAGCAGAUGAAAAGGACCGUAUAGUGACAAAUUUGAAUCUCCCAUGUCCCGUAUGGACAGGUCCCUUUAGCAAUACCCCCGGAUACUUGUCUUUGACAUGACCUGUGCGAUCUUAAACAACGCCACAAAAGCAAAACCUAUCAAUUAAGCUGUUGACGCCCUUCACAAGGCCAGGAGAGAAAGGCAACCACUCCUUAAGCUCGCAGCCAAUGGUCUGUCUGUCGUCUACCAAUCUCAAACCAGCAAAAACAGCAUGUCUGUCUCUGGCUCACCAGCCAAGGCUAAGGGCGGGCCCUUCUCUCUUCCCUACUGGGCUCAAUGAAGGUAUGAUAGACCGUAGAUGGUUAUCUACCAUGGAUGGGUUGUCCCAGGUGAGUGUAGCCCAGUCUUCUCUGUGCUACAGGUCCCAUCCUUCUGGGUCCAGUACUGUGGUGCUUAUCUGGUGCUACCAGUCCACUGGGUAUUAGAACCUAGUCAGUUGUGUCCCUCUCCAAGUGGUGCAUGGCAGACUAUUUCACUGAUUAUAUAUAUAUAUAUUUUUUUUUAGAUGUUGGUUAUGGUCCUUUUAGGAAAGGACAACUGCAACCACCAAAUACACUUGUCUUUACUUGUUUGGUGGCAGCCAGCAAAGCUCUAUUUAGCAGAGUCUUGUCGGUGUGCCAGUCAGGCGUAGUCCUAGAAAUGAAUCUGUUUCCUCUUGACUGAAACCAAAUUGAAUGAUUUUAAUUCGUUUUUUGUAACAUGUAUUUAGUGGCCAGCUACCAUUCCCUUUUGCACACUUGUUUUACCUUCUGCAUGCAUACCUGACAGUCGUCAACUUUGUCUUGUUAAUGACUUCAUUUAGACCAUAUACCAACUUUCGUAAGGGUGUAGGGGAUUUUGGCUGAGGGGCAAGGCAACAGGGAAAUUCUCAACUUUAUUUUUUCAGAUAUUUUGUUACUUUUUAAGCAGAGGGAGGACGAUCGCUGAUAUACUGGAGUUUAAACCAGCUAUCCUCUCACUGAUACACACACAGGCAGAUGUUGUAGCACUGUCUCUUGAGGCCAGUAGUGACUUUCCCCCAGCCAUAAAUUCCCUACUCUACAGCAGUGGGUUUUUUCACAAGUGUUUGUACAGAAUAUAAAUAUAGAUUCAGUCUUUACACGAUUGUAUAUGAGCCACAAAAUAGCUGUUUUCUGGCAUUUUUUUUGUACUAGGAGUAAAUUAUGAUCCAAUUUGAAGAGAAAAAAAAAAAACGAGACAAGAUUGUAUUGUAAACUAUGGCUAAAUUUUUAUCAAGUAAAUGUUAAGAUGAAUUGAAAUGACCAGCUUGUAGAAAAGACGUAAGGGGUUGUUCCGGGGGAUCGCUGCCACUACUUUGCACUCCCUCCCAUGGUUAACUGUUUGGAUGUAUCUUUAUUGAUUGUUUUCCUGCUGUUGUUUUGAUUUGAGAGCACAUUGCUCAGAUUGUAAAUAGAUCUACUGACGAAACCUUCUGACGCUUCUCACAAGCCAUUGAUCCUCACAAGCUGCCAGCCUGCCCAUUCGCCCACUCACAGGUCAGACUGAUGUAAGGCUGGCUCUUUAAUGACACCCUGUUUCCUUGCCCUAGACCAGGCGUAUGUGGCCCCGGUCUGUAGUGCUCAACACAGGAAAAUGGUUUGUCAUCUUCGAUUUUCUCCUGGGUGAUGCUUUUUGGUCACCCGUGUCUCCAUCUCUCGUCGUUUCAGUGUAACCGGAAACAUCGUGCCUCACCGUAGCAGUUCGUCCUCUUGCACUAUUUCCAAUUGCCGAACACCGGAACAACCUCUUCUGUUUAUUUUUAAAUACUGUUGAGACAUUUGUGAAGAUUUUAUGUCCUUUUGUUUUUUUGUUAUGGUUUGGAUUUUCUUUCAUUUUUGUAUGAGCUGUGACAAUGUUAUUAUGAUGUGUACAUAUACUUCCUUGUUGAGCAAUCUAGUAAUCAGGUAUGAAAUAUUUGUAUUCUAAGCCCCUUCACUUGUUUUGCACCCUCCUUGUACUGAAAGGGAUAGUUGAUGAUUUUGGUGAAGUAGCCCUCUGCUCUCCCAGAGUUGGAUUAAGUUGUGUAUUCCAUUUUGUCUCCUUCACCAGUAUAAUUGAAUUUGGAUGUGGUCUUUUUGUGUCUAUGCUAACUAGCAGUGGUGCAGUUAAUGGAAAUCUACAGGAAUUCUGUGCAUUAUAGCGGUUAUGGUAGCCUUCCCAUCAUUAUGCUAACGCUAAUUAGCAUUGGCUUGUAAAACUACUUCAUACUUUCUUAAUCCUGGAUACAGAGACUCAAUGGUAUUCAAGUUCAUCUGGGUAGGGAGGCAGAUUAAGGGCUUCAAAGUCAAUAUUCCUUUAAGCAGUGCUCCUGGCCCCUUCUAUGGUCCCCUAACCCCAUAACCACCAAGCCUCUCUCCUGCCACUGCCCGCCACCUCUAAGAUUAAUUCUUAAUCUAUGAAAGCAUGUUCCCCUAACCCCAUGUCUUACCUCCCUUAAUUCAGAACAGUCAAGUGUAUUACCUUAGUCUUUUAACCUCUGUACUGAAGGCCCUGUAUGGUUCCAUCCACUCUCCUCUGUGUAGUACCAUCUGUAGGACAGGUGGCCCUGACAGACAUUGCUAUUAUCCAUCUGUUUUGUUUCCACCUGGACCAAAACAUGAAGUAUGUCAGUGGUGACUGACUCUGUUUCAGCUGUCACAUUUUUUAACAGGAAAUAUAAUGAUAUGCACUUACGGUAGACAGUUACAGCGCCUCCUUCUUUCCCCCAAUUAUUAGUAAAUUAUCAGCUUUUAAAGUAAAAUAUAAUACUUUUGCCACUGCUAAAAGUUACAAUUUUAUGAAUUUUUACAAAGGGAAAACAUUUGAACAGGGAAUUUAGUUGUAAGCCUAGUUCAAAAGCUUUUCAUUUUUUUUGUCCCCUCUUUCCCACUUGAUAUGUUGUUUUGAACAGAAACCAAUGUGUCUGGUUUAAUAUCCCUGAAUUGCUGAUAGUAUUGUAGUAGAUUUAAAGACUUAGCUUUUUUUGUAAAGUGUGAAUAAAAGAUGUAUCUCAUGUUUCCUUUCUAAAACAUUGAAUUGUGUUGUUAAUGUGUAUAUCCAAUGAUUGCUACAUUGUUUUCAACUUUAACUUCCAAAAAUCUAAUUCUUUCGAAUGACACAUUUUCUUUUUUGUAGAAACUAUACUUUAUUUUUUAUAAUUGACAGAUAUACUUGGACAAAUUUGGAUCACUCAAUGUGGAAGCAGAAUGCUAAUUGAAGAAAUAAUUCCUAAUAGUUUAUCUUGCAAAUGUGAAUAUUUAAUCUUCUCUGCUUUAUUUGGGAUGUCGCUUAGGUUAACAGACAUAUGCCAUGAUCUUAGGCAAGAGUAGACCUUGUCUUCCUAACUGGUUCGGUUGUAGGCUGCCCUGUUGUUGCCUUGUGUGAACCAUGUUAGUGUAACACAAGCUAAAGAUGUUCUGCUGGUAGCUAGAUGUGAUUUGAGUACUAUUUGGUCCACCUCACUCUGUUUCACAGUGACUAAACUGAGUAGUUGCCUAGUAUGUCCGUAAACCUCUUAACUCCCUCUUUGCCAACCCUAAACCUUGCGUUUCUAUGAAUGGAUAAGAGUUGGAAUCGCAUGGCUUAAUGUGUCACCAUGAGCUUAAUUUGAGGAUCAGUGUUACUAAAAUUGUAACAACAAUUUUUACUUAUGCAUCGUUUCUGUCAGCUUGUAGGUGUUUCUAGGACUUCCCCUGUCAAGGUGUGCGCCAAAACUGCGUUCUGUCUAGAGCGCCCUCUGUCCCUCUUUACAUCCUGUUCUAGCACUGCUGGUGUAACUAGAUAGGCUGUAAGGGAAGGAACAUCCAGUAUUUUCCUCAAACAAAAGUUUGUCUUGCAGUAGUUCUCAUUUCAGACAGGUCAUUUUGAUUCUCUGGAAACUGGGCAAUAAUACUCAGUCACUAAGAACUUUUUUGAAAGUAUCAAGUAAUCUUUUUUUUAUUUAACUCAACUCUUUUUCCCAUCAAGCGGAGGUCAAUUCCUACAGUUCCUUUCUGCUGAUUUCUGCAAUUUCACUAAACGUACCAGUGGUUUCUGCCCCUUUUUUUCUGCCUCCACCCCUCCCUGUAUAUUUAGGGCUGACCCCUCUCCUGCCUCCACCCCUCCCUGUAUAUUUAGGGCUGACCCCUCUCCUGCCUCCACCCCUCCCUGUAUAUUUAGGGCUGACCCCUCUCCUGCCUCCACCCCUCCCUGUAUAUUUAGGGCUGUCCCCUCUCCUGCCUCCACCCCUCCCUGUAUAUUUAGGGCUGACCCCUCUCCUGCCUCCACCCCUCCCUGUAUAUUUAGGGCUGACCCCUCUCCUGCCUCCACCCCUCCCUGUAUAUUUAGGGCUGACCCCUCUCCUGCCUCCACCCCUCCCUGUAUGUUUAGGGCUGACCUCUCUCUCCUGCCGCUAACUGUCCCUGUGCAUUUAGGGCUCAUCCUUUUUCCUGCCAGUAGUGAAGGUUGUUUGAUUUAUGAGUACAUCUAUGUUGUGUGUCACUGUGUACAUACACUGGACCAACUGCUUGUUUACCGUUUAUGGAAUACCAGCAAAAACACUUGCACAACGUUCAAAGAAUAUUCAUCAACAGAGAUGGGGAAAAUCAAGGCAGCUGUUUUUAAACUCUAGUACAAAUUAAGACACGCGUUGGUAAACAAGGCUUUUUCUUUUUUGUUUAAGUGUUUUGGACUAGUUUUUUUGUUUAACACAUUUGGCUUGUUUUCUUUUCUCUUACCUAUGUAUUUUCCUACUUCUGGUUGAAAAUAAAUUCUAUAUCUGUUU